UCGGCUGCCCCACCAGCCUCGUCCGCGCCGCCGGAGUCUGCAGGCUCUGGCUCAGCCACGCCUCCGACCGCGCCUUCCUCCGCCGUUUCCGCGAACUCCACCCGCCCAGACUCCUCGGCUUCUACCUCGCGCAAAGGGAGUAUCCGGACGCCGCCGCACGCUUCUUCCCGAUGCUGCCUCAGCCUCCGGGGCUCGAUGCCGUCGUCCGCCGCGCAAGCUUCAGCCUGGACACCUACGAGGGCGCAGACAUGAUGGAAUGCUGGAACGGCAGCGUCCUCACCUGCUUGCACGUACAGAACUUCAAUCACCGCCGAUCCGAAAUUAUAUCUGCGGUGCACAGCCCGCUAUGUUCCGAGAGAGGUAUACCCACCAUCCCAGCAUUACACCACAAAUUCGGGGAAGGCAAAUUAUGCACUUUUAUUCAGCUCUUUUCCAAAGAAGAAGGCGAUGGCGUGUCCUACUUUUAUAUCAGGGUGGAGUGCGACAGGCUUCAAACAUAUUCUACGGUGCAUGUAUAUGUGUUGCAAAAUGGUGAUGAUGUCUGGCGCACCCAUCUUACCUUGGCCUCAGGAGACAUCCUACUAUAUCCACGAUCCAGUCCCAAAGGGGUGCUCGUUCACAACAAAAUCUAUGUGCCGUGCGACCCAAAUGAAAUUGUUGUCCUGGAUUUGACAACCUCGAUCUUAUUGACAAUUCAGCUCCCACAAGGGGUGGGUUUUGGCUUAGCAGGCAACACCAUGCUGUCACGGGCUGAUGAUUCUUCUGGUGUAUAUCUCAUCCAUGCCAAAGAGUUUCAACUUCACAUAUGGCUCCUCAAGGGAGACAGCUGGUUGUUGGUGGACACCAUUUGUUUGCGUGAAAUGUGUGCUAAUUUGCUUGAGGAUGAGCCUAUUGCUGAUAUCCGGAUAAACCAUGUGGGGGACUAUAAUGAGUUUGUAUUCUUGGAGAUGGGUCGAUGUGCACUCUAUUUGGAUAUCAAGUGCAGGACACUGCGUAAAGUGUAUGAGAUGACAUCAGAGGAGCAACAUUUGGGUGAUAUCUAUCCUUUUAUGAUGAGCUGGCCUCCCAUAUUCCCUGCACUCGUGGAUAGUCCUACAAGAAAUGUCACGUGAAGGAGACUAGGAAGCUUUUGGAUGGUUUGCUUGUGUCAAGAGCGCUAUAAACGAAGAGCACGGGGCUGCAUUUCCUCAGUAGCAGUUCUAACCGUGUUCAUCUUAUAAGUAGUGGUGGAUUAAUUAGGAUGCUAUGUAACUGUAUCAGGCACUCUUGUCCUGUGACAUCAGUAGUGUUACUCUGUUAGCGACCAAUUGAUUUCUCUGUUUCGUCUUGUUGCCCUGUGUGGUUCCGGUGCUUGCCCGCUUCAGCUUGCUCCUUGUGGCAUCUGGGGGUUGGUUCCACAGCUUUGCUACUUGUGGCAUCUGGGGUUGGUUCCACAGCUUGCUAGUUGUGGCAUUUGGAGAAGCGUCUUACUGUAUCAAUAUUACA